AUGAAGCUCAAUUUUGAUGGAGCCGUAUCGAAAGGGGUAGCGGGGUGCGGGUACGCUCUCAGGGACUCUGAGGGGGCGAUCCUCGCUGCCGGGUGCUGCGGCGCACCUGACCUCAAUGUGUUGGACGCAGAGCUCAGAGGGCUGUGGAGCGGUCUUAAGCUGGCGGCGAAGGUCUGCAAGAGAGGACAGAAGUUAUGGAUUGAGGGUGAUUCACUGGUAAUUAUAGAUUAUUUGAAGGAGUUUUUCGUAGAUUACCCGAACAACCAACCGGUAGUUCAAGACAUUAUUCGGUUACUCGACCAUUUCUCCGAGAUUCAAGCUUCGCAUAUUUAUCGAGAGGGUAAUGCUGUUGCAGACUGGCUGGCUGGAAAAGGAAAAUAUACACGGGUUGAGGUGGUUUGGACGAGCGAUUUUCCAGAUAAAUUAGAAGCAUUGGCUCAAAAAGAUUUGCGUGAGUAUCAUGAGAGACGGAGGAAAUGA